AGCGGUAUCGCACUUGGGGCAUAUGGCUCACAUGGUCUUUCCAAAGUCGUUGGAAAUGAUGAAACCAAAUUAAAGAAUUGGAACACUGCCGCCCAUUAUCAAAUUAUUCAAGGUGUCGCUUUGUUAGCGAUAUCAUCUAUUCCAACCAGUGUUCGACGCAUUCAUCCUGCUGCCCAGCCUCUUAUCAUGGGAGGAACCAUCAUGUUUAGUGGAACCAUCUACUUGUUGACACUAAAAAGAGAAAAAUUCCGAGCACUUGGUCCAGUCACGCCACUAGGUGGGUUGGCAAUGAUGGCUGGU